GCGAUAUCGGCAUGGUCCACCAGGACGGCAGCUUCUCCAUCAUCGACCGUAAGAAGGACUUGGUGAAGUUGCAGGCUGGCGAGUACGUCUCCCUGGUCAAGGUGGAACUGGCCAUCUCCCAGUCCGCCUACGUGGAGAAUGUUUGCGUGUACGCGGACCCCAACCAAAACUUCACAGUCUGCUUCGUCUCACCCAAGAUCAGCCAGAUCCGUAAACUGGGCACCGAGUUGGGCCUGCUGGAGGAUGUGAGCCGGAAGGUGCAGGAGACGUUGCCGGCGGAGCGCCUAAAAGACGAGACUGCCGUCACCAUGGCGGAACAUCAACAGCUCUGCAAAAUAAAACAGGUUAGUGCGUGUCCUAAUCAACAACUACGCAUGCGCGGUGAUUGCAAUUCUAACGGCUGCAUUUUAUGUGUUGGUGGUGGUGCUGACGCGACUGAUACUGCCGCUGAUGAUGACAAUGACGUUGAUAGUGUUGGUUAUGUUUAUUGGGGUUGA